AGAGAAGCAAGAGAGUAUAAGGAAGAAAUGAGAAAGAAGAAGGAGAAGGAGGAAGCCGAGGAGAGGCGGCAGAGGCAGCUGCAGUCGGCCAUCCAGGAGGCGGCGGAGAAGGCCAGGAAGGAGAAGGACGUCAGCAAGUACGGCCACAUCCGCCAGUCCUCGAGGGGCGGACCGCUACCAGACGUCGGGGAAGAGAAGGAAGACUUGGACCAAGAAGACUCGCACUCCAGGCCUGAGACGAAGCAGCAGCACCGCCGCCCCCAGCAGCCACACCAGCAGCAGCAGCAGCAGGAGCAGAAGCAGCAGCAGCCAGAACGGCAUCGAGAGCAGGAACGCCCCGAGACGCAGCAGUCAGACCGCGGCGAGCAGAGCGCGUCCCCUCAGGCUCCGGCGCGCUUGGAGAUUCCGCUCAUAAAGACGCCCGCCGCCCCUGACGGCGAGGACGAGCGAACGAAGCUGCUGCGGAGCCUGGGCCUGACCCCCGAGGUGCUGUUCGCGUCGUCCGGCUUCUUCGACCGUACGGCACUCCUGACACUCCUCACGGCCGCUGCAGGCCAGAGGACGUCAAUUGCGUCUCACGACUCCCCGGCAGAUUACAUCACCGACCGCAUCAUCACCCCGACCAAGUACAGGAGCCUGCGGGAGUGCGGUACGCAGUGCGACGAGCCUCCUCAUGCCAGCCCCCGACGGGAGACUCGGCGCCGAAGCAGCAGAAGGAAGAAAUCACCUUCUUCCUCCUUGCCUCGCAACCCGGGUCACGUGAGCGACUCCCGGCCUCCCUGGGGACAAAACCACAGCGACAGACCCUACAGGAAGCAGUCUGAGAAGGACCCCUACGCCAACCGGAGGUUCAGAAGGAGGAGCACAAGAUCCCUCGGGCGGUGCGAGCGCGACACAGCCACGGAGGAGAGCGACAACCCACAGCCGCACCGUCGCCGGAGGAAAACGUGGGACAAGUCUCGCCAGGAGUCCCUCUCCUCGGACAUCUCCAGGUCACCCUCACCCCGAGGAAAAGGUCGGCUCAGCAGGUCUUCAUUUACCUCCAGUCACUGGCCGCACAUCAAGCCCUCCCUCACGCCGAGCCUCCAACACCGACCCUUCACGCCCGAGGCUGAACAGCUCCUUCAGCCACCGCCGUCCCCGCCACCCGAAGCUGCCAGUCCUGCCGACCUUGGCAGGGAGGCGGCGGACGAACCCGACGACGACGACGACGUGGUCACGCCCUCGUCGCCGCUCGUUCCCACGGCUGCUAGAUCGAGUUCGCCCCCUGUGCCCGCCCUCCUGAACAAGCUCAAAGGUGAAUCUUCAUUCGACGUCCCAGAAUACCCCCCGGGGCAGGAACCGCCGGGUGUGGAGCUUCCCCGGAGCAGAAGCCCUCCCAUCCCUACUGUUCUCAAGCGACUCAAUAGCAGCGGGGGCUCUGCGGGCACGCCCACCCUUCCCGAGCUGCCCUCUCCCUCACGCCCAUCGUCGCGGCCGCAGUCACCAAGAACGUUGUCGCGCUCAAGCCCAAGUAGUCCUGGAAGGAAGUCUAGCAUUGUAGGACGACCGAGAACUGACUCGUCCCUGAGCGUGCCGUCGCCGCCCUCCCAGUCGCGCCCGCCCACGCCCAGGCGGCUCCCUCCCAUGACGCCCACAAAGACUGAGAGUCUCUCAUCUUCCCCGCGUCCAUCGCCGGCGUUCCGCUCGACCUCCCCGCCGGUGCCUGCGUUGGCCAGGAAGCUGUCGGCGGAGUCCAGGCUCAGUUACCCUUCGCCCGAGGAACCAGCUGCUGAGCGCCAGCUGACGCCGGUGGAGACUCCGGGGUCGCCGCCCCUCCACUCCUCCAGCACCUCUCCAGCCUCGGUAGCAACAUCCGGGGUGUCUUCGCGCCCGGGGAGCGCCACGUCGGUUCAGGAUGAGGACGGACGCACCCUCAGCGUCACCUCCUCCGGAUACGAGUCUGGCAGGAGGUCGUCGGGGGAGCCGAGGUCCCUCUCGGAGCCACUCGUCUCCCCCGAUAAGUGGGUCAUCCUGAAAAGCCUCUCCUCUCUUCGCCAGAACCUAUGGCGAAGGCACCAAGAGUUGUCCCAACAGCCAGACUCUGAUGGGUCAUGCUGACAAAUAAUUGCCGCUUCGGCGGCACAGCAAGGCUUCCCUGAAUCCCUGUCCCUUUCCACCAAGGCCAAUUCCACUUUGGC